CGUCCUGAAAUUUGAUUCAGAAGUUCAGGAUCCUGGAAGACAAAAAGCAAACGGAGGGGGAGGGCAGAAAGGCAGAGACGGACGGAGUGGGUUUACUUUUUUUUUUUUUUUUUAAACUGAGAGAAGAGUAAACUCACCAAAUACUCUGCAACCUCCGACAAAAGCUGAGUGACUAUGAGCACCUCGGGGCUUCAGGCUACUAACCGGCAGAACGUGAAGGAGCUCGACAGCAUGAAGGAGUCCAUCAGCGACAUCAUCAACCAGCUCCAGGACAUCGACCCGGCCAGGCUCUCCUUCUCCCCCUUCCUGGACCUGGACACACAGAUCUCCUUGGCGCCGGUGUCAGACAGCCCAGAGUCCUCGGUGGAGGAGCUGCACUCGUCCUCCCACUCCGUCUCCGGCUCCCAGCGCUCCCUUGAACCGCCACCAGCGACCGAUCAGCCAAAGAGCUCUGCUCCCUGCCACCAGCAGCCCAGUUACGGCCUCCCAGAGGAGCCACGAGCAGAUCAGACAGAGGAGGGGGAGCUGGAUCAGACUCUUUCCAGUCCGAUCAUCACAGCGCACAAUCUGGACGCUGCCACGGAAAACUGCAUCAGCACUCCAAGCCCGGCCUCUCAGGGAGACAUUCCCAACGGCACAGACACGCCGAGAUGGAGUCCAGAAUCCGCCAACCUGGACUGCACCGCGGACGAGGGUCGGCCUCUGAUAGGGCCGCCGCCGGAGAGCGUGGAGCUGACGGUGUGGCGCUCGGAGGGGCGGGGAGAGACUUGCGAGGAGGCCGCGGCGGCGGAGGCUUCAGAUCGGGGGCGAUGCUGCUGCCAGUGUAAAUGCUGUCAGAGCGGCCGGGUUCCCGCCUUCCUCUCAGUCCUGGCCUCUCUUCUGAGUGCGGCCGGGAUCCUCUAUGCACUCUAUUUCUAUGUCCCCAUCAGACCCCCAGACUGCCCCGACAUAGCCAGCCGCAUCCUUUUCACCCUCUGCUGCUGCGUGGUGGCAGCCAUCCCCAUCCUGCUCGCGAUGCUCUCGGGUGCACUGUGCCAGUUCUGCACCGGCUCCUUCAGUCUGCAGGACUCGUUUCCCAGAGGACGGGCGGUUCAGCAGCUGUUCGUCACGGCGUCCUUGGAGCAGCUUCUCCUGUACGUCCUCAACCUCGUCGUCAUGGCCGCUCUGCUGCCUCAAGACCAGCUGAAGUUGGUGCCUAUAGUGGUUGUCAUUUUCAUCUUUGGAAGGCUUGUUUACUGGGUCAGCCUGAACGUGUGCAGCUCCUGGCGAGGCUUCGGCUCCGGCCUGACCAUCUUCCCGCUCCUCGCCAUGGUGGCUCUCAAUCUGUUCCUCAUGUACACCCUGAAUCUCAGAGAGCCGCUGUUUGGCUCUCAGGACGUCCUCUAUAAUCAGGUCACCCCCUCUUCCUCUUGGUCGGGGGAGACAUCACAGAGCCCGAGUGGCAAACCAGACAUCCUACCCACAGACAUCCUGAACUCUCAGUGAGCAGGCGAGCUGCCCUUUCUUCUUUCAGAGGAGGAGAUCUUCCCAAAAAUAGACCAUUCCUGUGGUCUGCAGUUCAGCACAGCUACACGCGCUGCCACUAUAACCUCCGAGUCUGUGACGGCUUAACUUGUAUUUUUGCUCCUCCUAUACAGAACUGUUUUUUUUUUUUUAAUGUGGAUUCAUGCUUAUUAUCUGAAAUGCAAGAGCUCUUUGCCUGCUAGUGGCGGAUGAAGCCUUUGAACAAUGCUGUAGUCUUAAAACAUGUCCUUUUAAGCUAUUCCAGUGCCUAUAUUUAAUGUUUUGAACUUUAAGUACUUAAAAACUCUGCUAUAUAUAUAUAUAUAUACACAUACAUAUAUAUAUAUAUAUAUAUUUGUGGCUGAAUUUGGUUUGACCUUAAAAUACCACAAGCAAAGCAACUUCAACUCUCAGACUUUAUUAUUAUUUUAACUGUCCAAAACGUUUGUACAUGAUGAAGGCAGAAUAAAAGCCAUUUGUAAAAAUGUC